CCCGUCCGGCAUUCCUGCAUCUAUCUCUGAAACAUUGCGUUGACUCCAUAUUCAAGCUCAUACUGGAGCCUUUUCUUUGAUAUCUCGAGGGCUCUUGUUGCCCAUUCCGUGCCGCUCUUUGUCUUCGUUCCGACACGCCAAAUCUCAGCACGUUUUCGUCGAUGCGCUCUCCGUCGCGACACUCCUCCCCUCGUCGCGACCCUUUCAAACCGAACGAAUUGCCCCACGAUACGAGAAUACCUACAUCCCCCCCUCGGUAGUCAGAAUGAGCCAUUCCGUCCCGGAUCUCGAUGUUGUUGGGAUCAAAGCUGGGCCUGGGCUGGCCAACCAGUUUCGUCAAGAAGUCGCGGCUCUGCUAGGCCGCAACAACCUGAACUUCCCCGGCGCACAGCCCGUCAGCUUCUCAUCGCGGCAUCUGCUUGAGCUGCAGAAGGAGGACUACUAUGUUUGUGAAAAGACGGACGGGAUCCGCUGCUUGAUGUAUUUUGCGCGUGGGGAGCCAGACUCGGAGACGCCAGAGAUCCAUUACCUGAUCGACCGCAAGAACGAAUAUCGAUACGUUCCCGGACUGCACUUUCCCCUGAACAACGAUGAUACGUUCCAGAAGUUUCACGUGGAUACGCUGGUGGAUGGGGAGCUCGUCAACGAUACCUACGACGAUGGCACGCAACAGCUCAAGUACUACGUCUUCGACUGUCUCGUACUAGACGGGAAGAGCCUAAUGCACCGGACGCUUGACAAGCGGCUUGCAUACUUCAAAGAGCUGGUGCUGAAGCCAUACAACGCGAUGUACGAGAAGUUUCCGGAGGAGAAACAGCACCGCGUCUUCGCAGUGGAGGACAAGUCUACGCAAUUCAGCUACGGAAUCGAAAUGAUGUUCCGCGAUAUUAUCCCCAAGGUGAAGCGCGUCCACGGCAAUGACGGCCUCAUUUUCACAUGUCGGAGCACGCCGUAUAAGAUCGGCACAGACGAGCACAUCCUCAAGUGGAAACCGCCGGCGGAAAACACCAUUGAUUUUCGCAUGCGGCUCGAGUUCCCCAUGCUGGAACCCGACACAGAUGACGAGGCGGAGGGCAUCAUGGAGCCGUACGCGGACUACGAUGCGAUCCCCAUCUGCCACCUGUUUGUCAUGGUUAGCCAGGGUGAGUAUCGGUAUUUCGGAGAGAUGUUUGUCUCCCUCGCCGAGUGGGACGAAAUGAAAGCCAUGGGCUUGCCGCUCGACGACACCAUCGUCGAGUGCUACAAGGACGACCAGUCACGCUGGCGGUUCCACCGCCUUCGCGACGACAAGAUAGACGCCAACCAUAUCUCGACCGUGGAAAAAGUGCUGGAGAGUAUCCAGGAUCGUGUCACGGAGGACGACCUCAUCCGUGCCGCACCCGCGAUUAAGGCCGCGUGGAAACGACGACAGGCACAGAUGAUGGGCGAGGAGGAGGAGCGUAAACGCAGAGCGAAACAAGCGCCGCCGAACCCGAACGGAGCUGGGAUGAAGAGGAAAUUCGAGGAGUGAUCUAUUCAUCUCUUCUUCUUCUUUUUUCCUUCUUGCAUUGCUUUCCCUCCUAUCACACAUACACACACUCCAUUAUCAUUUCGUUUGCAGGGUGUUUGGCGUUGCAUAAUCCUUUCUCGUUUCUCUAGAUAUUCAUUGGGGCAGGUUGUAGGAUUUAGAAAAGGCAGGGGAAAAGCUGGUGUCGGGGUUUCAGUGUAUAUAUCUGGUUUUAAAU